UCAAACGCGAGCGAAAUGUCAACGCGAUUACUUCUUGGGCUACUCGCGGCGCUCUUAAUAGGCACAACAGCAGCCUCGACGGACAUUGAUUGGUGGGAGAAUGCCGCGCUCUAUCAGAUUUAUCCGCGAUCCUUUCAGGACAGUGAUGGCGAUGGCAUUGGCGAUUUGAAUGGCAUAACAAAGCGUCUGGGCUAUUUGAAGGAAAUCGGGAUCACAGCCACUUGGCUAUCGCCCAUAUUUAAGUCACCCAUGUCCGAUUUUGGAUAUGAUAUAUCCAACUUUACAGAAGUCGAUCCGAUCUUCGGCACGCUUGCUGACUUCGAUGCCAUGAUGGUGCAGGCCAAGGCGCUGAACCUGAAGAUUAUAUUGGACUUUGUGCCCAAUCAUUCGAGCGAUGAGUGCGAGUGGUUCCAAAAGUCUAUCAAUCGGCAGGACGGCUACGAUGACUUUUAUGUGUGGCACGACGGUAAGCUGAAUGCGGAGACAGGUGAACGCGAGCCGCCCAGCAAUUGGGUGAGCGUCUUUGGCGGCUCACAGUGGACGUGGAAUGAAGUGCGCCAGCAGUACUUCCUGCACCAGUUUCAGGUGAAGCAGCCCGAUCUGAACUUCAGUAGUCCCAUGGUGCGUGAGCACAUGCUGGACGUGCUGGGCUUCUGGCUGGACCGUGGCGUUGACGGCUUUCGCAUUGAUGCCGUGCCACACAUCUACGAACAUCGUAAUGCCGACGGCAGCUAUCGAGACGAGCCCAUCAACGAUUGGAAUAACGAUCCAAACAGCUACGACUAUCUAGAUCAUAUCUACACCAAGGACCAACCAGAAACAGUACAGUUAAUGUACGAGUGGCGCGAUUACCUGGUGCAGUAUCAGGCACAGCAUGGUGGCCCGACCCGAGUACUGCUCGCAGAGGCGUACAGUCCGGUGGAAACCCUGAGCGCCUACUUUGGGAAUGGAACGCGGCUCGGCACACAGCUGCCCAUGAACUUCCAGCUGAUGUAUCUCAGCGGCUACUCGACAGCAAAGGAUGUGGUCGGUUCCAUUGACUACUGGAUGCAGACCAUGUGGACGCAACAUCAGACAGCCAAUUGGGUUGUGGGAAACCAUGACACACAGCGCGUGGCCAAUCGCAUGGGCGCACACAAAGUGGAUCUGCUCAAUGUGAUUGUGAACGCGCUGCCAGGUGCCUCGGUCACCUACUACGGUGAGGAGAUCGGCAUGUCCAACGUAGAGACUGAGUGCACGGAGAUCUCCUGCGACGACCGCGAUGGCGAACGAACGCCCAUGCAAUGGGCUCCUGUGAAGAACGCCGACUUCUCCACAGCUGAGAAUACCUGGCUUCCCGUCAGUCCCGACUAUGCCCGUUACAAUGUGCAAACCGAAAGAGGCGUGGCGCGUUCCUCGCUCCAAAUAUUUAAGAGUCUCCAGCAGCUGAAGAGCAGCUCUGCGUUUCUGGCUUUCAAGGAGGAGGGUGGCUUCUCCUACGAGGCGGUCACAGAACAGGUGCUGCAGAUUGUGCGAACCAACAAACGCAGUGAGGAGUACCGUAUUUUCGUCAACAUGGGCAAUAGUAUCGAAAUUCUCGAGGGUCUGUCUAAUAAGGUCUAUGAGUAUGUGCUUGUAACCGCCUACUCCUUGCACACACCAGGGGAGACGAUUGAUCUGAGAGAAAGACUGGUGCUAAUGCCCUAUGAAGCAAUCGUGCUGCGGUGGUUGGCUUGAUUCACGGAUUUCUUUUUAGCCUAAUCAGUGCAUUUUAUGAUCCAUGUAAAGAUUAAAUUUAAAAAUGGGCCUACAGCCAUGUGCCUGACUAUACAAACAGUCUUUCGCCACAUGCCAGUGGAAACUGGGUAGUAAAUACAAAGUCCAAUUCGACUUUGAGUGGGCAAUUACUCGAAAGAAUUGUAACUUCAACACUUGAUGUGUUUUUCAAUAAACUAUUUACAAACGCUUCUUAAUAUGGA